CUAGCCUCUUGGUUUGGCAAUUCUGCUUUUGACAUUGUACCCUCCGCCUAAACCAGCACGUAAAUACGUGACUUUUUUCAGUUUUUCGCAUUUUCUGAAUUUCCUUCUGUGAGCGCAAUUUUAACCGCAAUGGCACAGCCAAACCCAUUCAAGCAUUUGGAGCGCAAAAUUUCCAUCAACAACCAAGACUAUGUUUUCUACGAUAUCUCAUCAUUGGGGGCUGAAUUCGACCAACUUCCUUUCUCAAUACGUGUCCUGUUGGAAUCUGCAAUCCGGAAUUGUGAUAACUUCCAAGUCACGGAGAAAGAUGUGCAGAGCAUUCUAUCGUGGAAGGGAAUCAAGGGGGAUGAUGCGAAUAAACAGGAGGUGGAAGUUGCAUUUAAGCCAGCUCGUGUGAUCCUUCAGGAUUUUACAGGAGUACCGGCUGUUGUUGACUUUGCAGCAAUGCGCGAUGCCGUCCUCCGGCUAAAGGGUGAUCCCAACAAGAUUAAUCCAAUUUGUCCAUCUGAUUUGGUGAUUGAUCAUUCCGUUCAGGUGGAUUUUUCACGUACACCCGAUGCCCUAACCAAGAAUCAAGAUUUGGAGUUUGAACGGAACAAGGAGAGAUUUACAUUCCUCAAGUGGGGUGCCAAGGCAUUCAAUAAUAUGCUGAUUGUACCACCGGGAUCGGGUAUUGUGCACCAGGUGAAUCUGGAAUACCUUGCCCGUGUAGUCUUUGAGGAUCCCGUCAAUGGGGCAAAGGUACUCUACCCCGAUAGUGUUGUUGGUACAGAUUCCCACACAACAAUGAUCAAUGGGCUCGGAAUUCUUGGAUGGGGUGUUGGGGGUAUUGAAGCUGAGGCCGUAAUGCUGGGUCAGGCAAUUUCUAUGCUCCUCCCCGAAGUUAUUGGCUACAAACUCGUUGGCAAACUCAGCUCUCUGGCCACAUCCACGGAUCUCGUGUUGACCAUCACGAAGCAUUUACGUCAAAUUGGUGUUGUUGGGAAAUUCGUGGAGUUCUUUGGGCCCGGUGUUGAGGAAUUGAGUAUCGCCGACAGAGCUACAAUCAGCAACAUGUGUCCCGAAUAUGGGGCAACUGUUGGCUUCUUCCCCGUUGAUAAGAAUUCUCUCGCCUAUCUUAAGCAAACAAACAGAUCAGAUGACAAGAUCAAUGUAAUUUUCAAGUAUUUGGAAGCUACCAAGCAACUCCGGGACUAUGGGAAUGCUGCUCAAGAUCCUCAUUAUACUAAAAUUGUCACAUUGGACCUUUCUACGGUGGUUACAUCUGUUUCUGGACCAAAACGACCACAUGAUCGUGUUGCUGUUAGUGAGAUGCAGCUUGAUUUUAGAUCCUGCCUCACCAAUAAGAUUGGCUUCAAGGGCUUUGAACUCAAUCCGGACUCACUUUCGGCAAGUGGGGAGUUUACCUGGUCCGAUGGAAAAACCUAUUCCCUCAGGCAUGGAUCGGUGGUUAUUGCUGCAAUCACCUCGUGUACCAACACCAGCAAUCCUUCCGUAAUGCUGGGAGCGGGUUUGCUGGCACAGAAAGCCGUCAAUGAGAACCUGAAGGUCGCCCCGUACAUUAAGACAUCUCUCUCACCUGGCUCUGGUGUUGUCACCUACUAUCUCAAGGAAUCUGGUGUGAUUCCAGCACUGGAAACUCUUGGAUUCGAUGUUGUUGGCUAUGGCUGUAUGACGUGUAUUGGAAAUUCAGGGCCAUUGGAGGAGAAUCUGGUGAAUGUGAUUGAGAAGAAUGGCCUGGUUUGCGCAGGAGUCCUCUCGGGGAAUAGGAACUUUGAGGGUCGCAUUCAUCCCAACACCAGGGCCAAUUACCUAGCCAGCCCUCUCCUUGUGAUUGCCUACGCUAUUGCAGGAACAGUGGAUAUUGACUUUGAGAAGGAUCCCCUGGGAACUAGGCCUGAUGGAUCAAAGGUCUUCCUCAGGGAUAUCUGGCCAACACGACAGGAAAUUCAUGCUGUUGAGCAAAAGUACGUGAUUCCAGCAAUGUUCCAGGAAGUUUAUGGGAAAAUUGAAAUGGGAUCAUCAGCAUGGCAAGCACUGCAGGCACCAACGGGAAAGCUGUAUCCAUGGGAUGGGGAAUCAACGUACAUCAAGCAUCCACCAUUCUUUGAGGAAAUGACCCGCGAGCUGCCACCAAAUCGUCCCAUUGUCGGUGCCAGGGUUCUCCUCUUCUUGGGCGACUCCGUGACCACGGAUCAUAUCUCUCCAGCUGGCUCCAUUGCCCGGAAUAGUCCAGCUGCACGGUAUCUCGCCUCGAAGAACCUCACUCCACGUGAUUUCAACUCUUACGGAUCUCGCCGUGGGAAUGAUGCAAUAAUGGCCAGAGGGACAUUCGCCAACAUUCGCUUGGUUAAUAAACUCGUACCCAAUCCCGGACCGAGGACUCUGCACAUUCCAACAAAUACCGAAUUGGAUGUUUUCGACUGUGCUGAGCAGUAUGGGAAGGAGAUGACACCGCUCAUCCUACUCGUGGGGAAGGACUAUGGAAGUGGAUCAAGUCGCGAUUGGGCAGCCAAGGGGCCCUACUUGCUGGGCAUACGGGCUGUCAUUGCGGAGUCCUACGAGAGGAUUCAUCGGUCGAAUCUCGUCGGGAUGGGUAUCAUUCCACUGCAGUACCUCGAUGGACAGAAUGCCGAUACAAUUGGCCUCACGGGCAGGGAGAUCUUCAACAUUGCCAUUCCCGAUGAUUGCAAGCCGGGUCAAAUAAUUACCGUUGAAACAAAUUGCGGGAAGAAAUUCCAAGUUCUCGUGCGUUUCGACACAGAAGUGGAUCUAACGUACUACCGCAAUGGAGGGAUCUUGAACUACAUGAUCCGCAAAAUGCUUGAUUAAGAAUUUAUCAUUUUCUCUUCUCUUUCAUUUCUUUUUGUAUUUGUAACUUUUGUAGUUAUUUAGUGAGGAUAGCAAUAUUAUUUUAAAUGGAAAAUGUUGGCAAUGAUGGCAAAUAAAUAACUCAAAUUGUUAUAAUAUAUUUUUUGAUAGAAAGUUUUGUUAAAAAAAUAGCCUCAGAGAGAUAAUGGAGAAAAAGCAAUUUCAUUUAAUUACUAACUCACGAUGAUUGUUAGUUUGUUGAAAGGCCAUUCGCAUGAAUUUUCUUUCUUGCGAUUAGUGAAGAAUUUAUUUUUUUGAUUGAUUUGUAAAGGCUUGGGAUUUUAUACAAUUUUUUUCUGGCAAUUUGUAAUAAAAGUAUUUCAAGAAAAAUGAAAAAAA